GAAGACCAACACCAACAGCAUUAAAUUUUCUCAGUUUUCGUUUUCUUUCUUAUAUAGUUAUGAAAAAGUUGAGUUUGAAACUGCCAUCUGGUUAUAGAUUUUCUCCGACAGAGCAGGAGAUCAUCGAACGCUUCCUGAAGUCGAAGAUCACUGGGAAUGAUAAAGAUAUUAACCACGUUCCCGAAAUUGAAUUUUAUGAUCAUGAGCCUUGGGAUUUACAGCAUAUAAGUGGGAUAGAUUCAAAGGACAAAGAGUGGUUCUUCUUCAACGCACAGAGCCCGAAGCAUCAGAAUGGGAAUCGGAAGAACAGGACAACCAUGGAAGGGUUCUGGAAAGCAACUGGUAAAGAUAGGGAAAUCAGGUCCAGAGGGAGUUUGAUUGGAAUGAAAAAGACUCUAGUCUACCAUAGAGGGCGUACUCCUAACGGAGAAGGGACCAAGUGGGUGAUGCAUGAAUACCGCAUAACCCAGGAAGAGUUUGAUGGAACACACCCUGGUCAGAAACCCUUUGUCGUAUGCCGCUUAUUCAAUAAUGAAGAAAAGAGUAAAAAAGGUGGAUCUGCGAAGUCCAAGCCAGCACUGGCUCCUUUAUCUCCAGCAUCAGAAGUGCAAGUUGAAACUCUUCAAACAAGUAUUCAAUCUUGUUAUUCUGAAAUUUCUGAUGAAAUGAUGUCUGAUGUUACAUUACCUGUUCAGAGUAACAACAACUAUCAUAAUGCAGAUAUUGCAAAAAAUCAAGCUGCAGAACUGACAUAUACAGAGGAUUAUUCUAACGUGGCGGAAUUUUUGAAUAUGUCCAAUGUCCAGUCUCUAGGGGACACUCCAUCAAGUUUAUCCCCCAUCGCUCCUGACGUUUUGACUCCCAAUAUCUCUGAGGAUUCAACUUUUAUUAAUCCUCUUAAUAAUCAAGAUGAGUGCUUUUAUAACACAUCUUGCAGUCAAAAUAAUCUUGCUGUUGACAUUGAGACCCUGAAAAACAAUGGGUCAUGCGGUGGGUCAGAUGCCAAUGGACAGGUUGACCUGGAUCUGGAUAUCUGGGAAGCCUUUGAAAGAGGCUAUAUCAGUCCACCAGGGCAAUCAGAGUGCAACUCUUUUUUCUCUCCAUCAAAUUCAACCCCCGUUACACCUGUUGUUUCUCCUCGUACCAUAGCCAAAGCUCCUCUUAAAGAAGCAGAGUCUAUGGUACCACCAGCUUCAGUGCCUCGAGAAUUAGGCUUUGAAGCUGAGAAUUAUCUCACUAGUUCUCGAUUUUCUCCUGCGAAAAAUUAUGAUGGAAUAACAUCAAACGCUAAAACACCCAUUGAGUACAAGAACGAUGGUUACAACACUUAUGUUGAUAGAAAUCAAGUGGAAGAAGUCACAUCUGAUAAGGUGGAGGCACGCUCGAAUAUGUUCUCCGUCUCUCCAGAGCCACUAAUUGGCAACAUGUUAUCCCCAUUUCACUCACAAGUGCAAGGAGCGUUAUAUUCUUCUGCCAAUGAUUGUCAUUGGGGGGUGUAUAACCAAUAUGGCACGAAUGAGCAAGAUGAGUACUUUCGUAACGCAUCUUUGAGUCAAAAUAAUCUUGCUGUUGAUGAUGAGACCCUGAAAAACAUGGCCUCUUUUAUGGACAAUGGGCCAUGCAGUGGGUCAGGUGCCAAUGCACAGUCCGAGCAAGAGUAUCAAGGUUUUGUGAGGCUUGAAGAGAUCAUCAAGCCAAAGGUUUCAUCAUCUUUGUGAGGGUCUUCGGAUCUGAUCAUAGGAUUGAAGAUCAUAAAAUUCUACAACUAAAAAAACGUCAAUGAUUUAGAUAGAUAAAUAAUUAGGCUAAAAUCAGAAGAAUUAUUAAUCUUUCUAGGAAAGAACUUACAAGAAAAAAAAGUUUUUCCUCAGAAGAAAAAAAGAAUUUUUAAAACUCUCUGUCAAAAGAAUACUGUUUCUUAAAAGGUUCAAAACAAAGUUUGAAUAUUCUUUGAAGACAAAGAUAAAACUCAAAAAUUUAUUAAUAUUCUCUGAAGUCUAGUAUGUAUCGGUACGUUCCACCAAAAUUCUGGGGAUUUUGCUGAAAAUGGGAGCUCUUCCUCUUCCCAGUUACAUUCGCAAACAUUCUCCAAAGUCUCUUUUUGAAGAGAUUCACUCUUUUUCAACUCAAACAGACUUGGACUUAUAGCCUUUCCAAAGUCAAACAGAGUUAAUAGUCUUCUACUCCUUUUCAAACCACAGACCUAUCGUCUUUUACAUUCGAAGGCCUAUGGCUUUCAGACUUACAGUCAUUGGAACCUGGAUUGUUACUCUACCCCCACAAUCUGGGUUGGGAUUUUUAAAAAUCCUCUAUUCUUAGAAGACUCUAAUUGCGGUUUAAGUCAUUGACGUUUUAGAAUAGUAGAAUUAUGUGAUUCAAGAUCAUGAUCAAGAUUUUAACAACCUCCGGACAGACUCCAUUACAGAGACAAACAACUGUGGUAGAUUACUGUACCGUCACUUCUGUUUAUAAAUGUUGAUGAGCACUGGUAAUGCGUCCUCCGUUUGGAAUUAGUAUGAGGAUUUGGCAACUACGAAAUUGGAAGCAAGGCUUCAUUGUUGUUAAAUCCGUUUGCAGUGUGUAUUAUGUUCAGCUGUACUAAUAAUUGUCUACUUUCUGUAAACGUGUAAUGUUAUGUACUCUUUAAGUCAACCGAUGAUUUUCGUCAGUGUUAUCAUCUUUAA